GCGACUUCCUGACGAUGUUCUCAUUAUUUUUCCUCCCAGCUGUGUAUGAGCAGUCCUGUGAAGCGUACAAACACAGCGGCAACACAUCGGGAUAUUUUUACAUCGACGUGGACGGCAGCGGACCCAUCAAGCCACAGCUGGUCUACUGCAACAUGACAAAGAGCGACACAUGGAUGAUUAUCCAGCACAACAACACUGAGCUGACCAGACUGCGACCGGUUUCUGGUGUGGACCAACAAUCGCUCCACUUCAGCUACUCAUCUGAAGAGGAGCAGCUUUUGGGCUCCAUCAGCCAAUCAGAGCACUGUGAACAGGAACUCUCCUACCACUGCAGGAAGUCCCGCCUUCUCAACACCCCAGAGGGGUCUCCGUUCAGCUGGUGGCUCGGCGGCCUCGCCCCCGGCCGUGAGCAGACUUACUGGGGAGGAGCUCAUCCAGGCAGCCAGCAGUGUGGCUGCGGCCUGCAGGGCGACUGCCUGGAUCCACAACACUACUGCAACUGUGACGCAGACAGAUUGGAGUGGACUGAGGACUCAGGCCUGGUCACCCAUAAGGAAAGCCUCCCAGUCAGAUCUCUGGUAGUGGGUGACCUCCAGAGGCCGGGGUCAGAGGCAGCAUACAGGGUGGGACCACUCCGUUGCUAUGGAGACAAGAACUUCUGGAACGCUGCGUUUUUUGACAAGGAGACGUCAUACCUCCACUUCCCCACCUUCCACGGUGAGCUGAGCGCAGACAUCUCCUUCCUUUUUAAGACCACUGCUUCCUCUGGAGUAUUCCUGGAAAACCUUGGCAUUAAGGACUUCAUCCGGAUCGAACUAAGCACGUCUGCUCGGGUGGUUUUCUCCUUCGACGUUGGUAAUGGCCCACUGGAAGUUCAAGUCGAGUCGACGGUCCCGUUGAAUGACAACCGAUGGCAUCGAGUCCGAGCCGAGCGAAACAUCAAGGAGGCGUCGCUUCGACUGGACAACCUGCCUGUGGCGACGCAGGAGGCGCCGGCUGACGGACACGUCCACCUGCAGCUCAACAGCCAGCUGUUCAUUGGAGGCACGGCGUCCAGGCAGAGGGGUUUCAGAGGCUGCAUCCGCGCUCUGCAGCUGAACGGUGUUACUCUGGACCUGGAGGAGAGGGCAGAGAUGACGCCCGGCGUUCAGCCAGGCUGCCCGGGUCACUGCAGCAGCUACGGCUCGCUGUGCCAGAACCAGGGCCGCUGUGUGGAGAGAGCCACUGGCUUCCACUGCGACUGCAGCCUGUCGGCUUACACUGGAGUCUUCUGCCAGACAGAGCUGUCAGCCAGUUUCAAACCUGGAACGUCGGUCAGAUACACCUUCAAGGAGCCGUACGAGUUGACCAGAAACAGCAGCGCUCUGCCGUCCUCCAUCUACUCCGACACGACGCUGAGAGGAGAAAACAUCUCCAUGGGUUUCAGGACGGCUCAGAGCCCGGCUCUGCUGCUUUACGUCGGCUCUUACUACAGAGAGUUCCUGGCUGUGCUCAUCAACAAGCAUGAUAAGCUGGAGGUGAGAUACAAGCUGGAGGGCAACCGAGACGCUGACGUGUUGAGGAGCAGCAGCGCGAGGAACCUGGCCAAUGGGCAACUGCACAGCAUUACCAUCAGGAGAACGACACACAUGGUGUCUGUGCAGGUUGAUCAAAAUGCCAGAGAAGACUUCAACCUCACGUCUGACGGAGAGUUUAAUGCCAUCAAGUCGCUGGUGUUGGGCAAAGUGCAUGAGUCUGGUGAUUUGGACCCUCAUCUGGCACGGCUGGCCUCUCUGGGUUUCACCGGCUGCCUGUCAGUAGUUCAGUUCAACUCCAUCAAUCCUCUGAAAGCUGCUCUGCUCCACCCAGACACCAGCCCCGUCAUCAUCACCGGACCUUUGGUUCGGUCCAACUGUGGCUCUGCAGCCUCAGCCAAUCCCUACGCAGCUGAAAACAUUCACCAUAUAUCAGACCGGUCCGGCUCAGUGGGCUCAGGUCAACCUUUAGUCAAUGCCAUCAGGACCGACUCGGCUGUGAUUGGAGGUAUCAUAGCGGUCGUCAUCUUCGUGGUUCUGACCGGCUUGGCCGUCGCCGCGCGGUACCUCUACCGGAGGAAGGACACGUAUCGAAACCAGGAGGGGAACACAGUCAAACAGGAAGACAGUCCAGACUUCCCUUUCAACAACCAGACUGACUCCCAGAACCUGUCCUCCCAGAACCCAAAGGAGUAUUUUAUCUAACAGGAGUUCUGCCGACCCGACGCGCUGCCGCUGUUUCACAGGGUUGGAGGUGAAGAAGACGACUUGAAGACCCUCUGGACUCGUCGCUCGGCUCAAGAGCCUCCUGGACUCUUUACCAAAAGUGGCUCAACUUCAAGGCGAAGGCAAAAGCAAACAGUUUGGUGUUGUGUUUCUGUUGCUUUACUGUAAAAUUGUGGAUAUUCUGAUACAAACAGGCAACAGUGUUUGACUUCAAGGUGGUAAUAUGCAUUUUUACAGAAACUGGAAUGUGGGAUUUGUGUCUUGGCAACAAGUUUUUGCUGCUUUCACUUUGUUACUUUUUCAAUGUUGAAGUUGUCAAUCUUUUAUUGAAGUACUGGGGAGAAAAUGUGAAGUGCUGCCCCCUGGUGGCAACAUGUAAAGAUGAUUUCCAGAUUCAUGUGUUUGGGUUUAAAGGGAUUUCACAAAAUAUUCAUUAAUGUUUUACUUUUCUCCAAUUUCCAGGUGCAUAUUUUAAUUCCCUUAAUGAAUAUUUUGGUUUCUUACACCAGCUGCCAAAUUUAUUCCACAACUUAAGCCAGGGCUGUCCAAACUUUUUGUCACAUGGACCAAGUAAAAAGAAUUAGCAGGCCAAAAAACUAUAGUUUUUAUUGUUUUAUCUUAAGAUUUUUAUUGCUCAACAAUAAACUAAGCAUACAAUAAUUUUAAUUAAAUAACAAAGUCAGUUUUUGUUGGAAAUAUGUUUAAAUCUGUGUAAAUCCAAAAUUUAAAAAGGGUUUUCCAUUUUAAGGCAUCCAGU